CUAGUUGUGGAGGUGAAUUCUUUGGUUCUGGAACGAUCGCCAGCCCUGACUAUCCUGCUGAAUAUCUUCCUGGGAAGAAAUGUUCUUGGAAGAUUACAGUAAAAAAAGAGUUCAUUGUGGUCCUCGAAUUUGAAUCCUUUCAGGUUGGACUUCAAUUUUACCUUAGUAAUUUACAAAACCACAUAAACUGUGAAUACGAUUACGUAGCAGUUUACGAUGGACCAACAGAGGCAUCGCCUUUGCUUGGCAAGUACUGUGGAGAUAGAAAGCCAGAAACAAUCAAGUCCUGUGAUAACACGCUGUACGUGAAAUUUGUCAGUGAUCAGUCUGGCCAGAAGGCUGGUUUCUCCGCUACUUUUGUUCAAG